AUGGAGCGGGGUUUACGCCUUACCUUGGCAUUGUUGGCUUCAUUAUGUAUUUUAAUUGAUGGAAGCCAUUAUCGUGGUGGUAUCAUUACCUGGCGUCCGUUAAACAAUACAGUACAGGGUACCACUACACAAAUUCUUUUACAUCAAAGAUAUUUUUGGUACAGAUUAUGGAGCAGUUUUCCUGCACCUUUAUGCAGGGAAGCAGAUGUCGCUAGCCAAAGACCUAUUGUCGUAGCAGGUGCUGCUUUGAUCUGUUUAGCAAACUGCGCAACUUCUCCUACAUUUCCUCCAUCAAUUUCAGCCAAUAUGAUAACUUCAGAUUGUGAUAAUUCAACGAUCAUUGAAUCAUGGGGUGGUGAACUCUACACUAAUCUGACACUACAUUUGACAACAGACAUUACAAUUGGCUAUAACUCAAGUGCAUGGUUGUCUGCACUCUUUAAAGGUAGUGGUGGUUGGUCAAUUGUCAAUCGACUGAAUCUAGUUCCGAGACCUGAUGGUUUUAUCAACUCCAGUCCUGUUACAACUACAUUACCAUGUAUACUUUACCCAAGAAAUGUACCAAUACUUCAUAUUGUGCAAAUGUCAGAUAAUGAUUAUAGUGAUUAUUUGCUAUGCCGUUGGGCCAAUUCGAAUCAAACAUAUAAUUACGACCACGUUAAUGAAUGUGAAGGUGUCUGUAGUGCAAUGCCCAAUGGCACCUUACUCUUCGCAUCCAAUUGUACGUUGCAAUUCAUUCUACCUCAGGCUAAUAUAUAUUAUGCCUGUGCAUUGCAAAUCGAAGAUUAUUAUACCAAUAGCUCUUUGGAGCCAAUGAGUUCGGUUCCAAUACAAUUUUUAUUCUAUGCAUACAUUAUUCCUGUUGGUGCAUGUGGAACUCUUCCUUCAAUUAUUGGUGUUCGUCCAAAUAGAGCUUGCAUUGGAGUUCCAGUUGGUGUACAGCUCAAUGAAACUAUAGAGGUACAAACAUACUGUCCUGGUCAAACAAUUGUUAAUUUUGUCACUAGUUCACCUAUUGGAAUGACACAUAGUGUUAUUAGUAAUCCAAGUCCUGGUUUAUGGAUAAUGACAUUGACAUGGACACCUGUAGAAAACCAAUUAGGUCCUCAAGGUUUUUGUGCUGGAGCAGUUGACAAUAGUACUCUUCAAUCAGCUCCAUGGUGUAUCACAUAUCUAGUUGGCUAUGACUCACC